AUGGAUCCCAUGGAACUGAGAAAUGUCAACAUCGAACCAGAUGAUGAGAGCAGCAGUGGAGAAAGUGUUCAAGAUAGCUACACCGGGAUGGGAAAUUUAGAAAAGGCCCCAGUGAGCAGUCAAUUUGCUAAUGAAGAUACUGAAAGCCAGAAAUUCCUGACAAAUGGAUUUUUGGGGAAAAAGAAGCUGGCAGAUUACGACGAUGAGCAUCAUCCUGGAGCCACGUCCUUUGGAAUGUCCUCAUUCAACCUGAGUAAUGCAAUCAUGGGCAGUGGAGUCCUGGGCUUGUCCUACGCCAUGGCCAACACGGGAAUCAUACUUUUUAUAAUCAUGCUGCUUGCCGUGGCAAUAUUAUCACUCUAUUCAGUUCACCUUUUAUUAAAGACAGCCAAGGAAGGAGGGUCCUUAAUUUAUGAAAAAUUAGGGGAAAAGGCAUUUGGAUGGCCUGGAAAAAUUGGAGCUUUUAUUUCCAUUACAAUGCAGAACAUUGGAGCGAUGUCAAGCUACCUCUUUAUUAUUAAAUAUGAACUACCUGAAGUAAUCAGAGCAUUCAUGGGACUUGAAGAAAAUACUGGAGAAUGGUACCUCAAUGGCAACUACCUCGUCAUAUUUGUGUCUGUUGGAGUUAUUCUUCCACUUUCUCUUCUUAAAAAUUUAGGUUACCUUGGUUAUACCAGUGGAUUUUCUCUUACUUGCAUGGUGUUUUUUGUCAGUGUGGUGAUUUACAAGAAAUUCCAAAUACCCUGCCCUUUGCCUGUUCUGGAUCAUAAUGUUGGAAACAUGACGUUCAAUAUCACACUUCCGGUGCACGUGGUAAUAUUACCCAACAACUCUGAGAGUACUGGUGUGAACUUCAUGAUGGAUUACACCCACCGCAGUCCUGCAGGGCUGGAUGACAACCAGGCCAAGGGCUCUCUUCAUGGCAGUGGAGUAGAAUAUGAAGCCCACAGUGAGGACAAGUGCCAACCCAAAUACUUUGUAUUCAACUCCCGGACGGCCUAUGCAAUCCCUAUCCUAGCAUUUGCUUUUGUAUGCCACCCUGAGGUCCUUCCCAUCUACAGUGAACUUAAAGAGCGGUCCCGGAGGAAGAUGCAGACAGUGUCAAAUAUUUCCAUCACAGGGAUGCUUGUCAUGUACCUUGUUGCUGCCCUCUUUGGUUACCUGACCUUCUAUGGAGAAGUUGAAGAUGAAUUACUUCAUGCUUACAGCAAAGCAUAUACAUUUGACACCCCUCUUCUCAUGGUACGCCUGGCAGUCCUUGUGGCAGUAACACUAACUGUGCCCAUUGUCCUGUUCCCAGUAAGAACAUCAGGAACACACAUGGUUCUCCCGACAGCGNCCUUCAGCUGGAUAAGACAUUUUUUGAUUGCGGCCAUACUUAUUACACUUAAUAAUGUUCUGGUCAUCCUUGUGCCAACUAUAAAAUACAUCUUUGGAUUCACAGGGGCUUCUGCUGCCACUAUGCUGAUUUUCAUCCUUCCAGCAGCUUUUUAUCUUAGACUUGUCAAGAAGGAACCCCUUAGGUCACCCCAAAAGAUCGGGGCUUUAAUUUUCCUUUUGGUUGGAAUCAUCUUUAUGAUUGGAAGCAUGGCGCUCAUUAUAAUUGACUGGAUUUACAAUCCUCCAAAUUCCAAGCAUCACUAACCCACGGAAAAUAACUUGGUUUCCAUUGGAAAUGGUUGCAAGUUAUGCUUCAAAAGACACUUGAGAUAUCUUGACGGGAAUGUUAUUCAUAGGAAAUAACAGGAAGAUUCCAAAGACGUUUACUAGUAAUAUCACCAGACACCUAUGGAAGAGAAAAUCAUCAUUUUUGUCAAGAAUGGCUGUUCAUGUGUUUAAAAUCUGCAGUGCACAUUUCUAGCCAGGUUUUAGUAGAGCAGUGUGAGAUGAUCAAGGUGUAUUUUUGCUGCUGUACAAGCAGAAUAAGGUAGCUGCAUGUAAUGGCCAUCAAAUAAUACCCUUCCCCCAAUCUUCUACCCUCCCUCCAUCCCCCCCAAAAAGUACCAAAUACUUGUAUUCUCAGAACAUCAAACAAAAAUGCCCUGGUUGCAAAGCUAUCACCACUUAAUGCCUUACCCCUAGUCUUGCACCACAUACUCUGGGUCUGUUUGCUAACAGAGGUCAAAGUCAUGUCUUAUGAACUGUCCCUGUAAGGUGCAUGAGUGUUCAGACACUGGUCUAGAACAUCUUAUUGUUAACAGUUAAAGAAUAUUAUGCCCAUUCUGUUUGUGACAUUGAAUUAGUGACUUCCUCAUUCAAUGGAUUUUUUUGGUAAAUGUUAAAACAUCUUACUAAACAUAGAGAGGGGCUUUACUUAAAUUUUAGAGCAACUACAAAAAUAAUGCUUAUAGUUAAACUGCCUGUUCUAAAAGCAUCUGCUUUCUAAUGUCAUUUCUAGUUCUCUUGUUAUACUUUUGUCAUUGAACAAUGCUCUCCCUCUCGUCUUCCAUUCUCAUUCAGAAUUUUUAGAAGACCACAAUUCAUGUGGAGAUACACUACCCAGUAUUGUUUGAUACAUUUGUAUUUGAUAAACAUUCAGUUCAGGAAACUGUGAUUUGCUGUAUGUUUAUGUAUAUAAUCUUAUUCUGUAGUCAUCAGAAUGUUAACGUAUGGUACAUUUGAUUUUUAUUUUUUACAUGUGUAGUUUUCUCUCUUCACAGUAAAAACAUUUAUAUUAUUGGGGGUGGGGCAGGGAAUUAAGUUAGUGGGCUCAAAAAUCCAUUUGUGUAUAUAUGUCUAUUGGGGAUAUUUUAAAUUUGAAACCUAAGUUAUAUAUAGUCUAGUAAUGCUCUUCUUCAAUGUUUACAAUAAUAUCAUAAUUAUCUACAAAAAAUAAGUCCCUUAUUUGCAAAUAAUUAUCAGUACUAAAGUUGUUCUUUAAAUUUAGCAUGUCUAAAAUAGGAUUUAGUUCCUUUUAGCUUGCACAUUUGUCAUUUAGUACAAUGUUGAGUAAUUCUCCAAAAAAAAUAAAAGUGCUAACACUUCAAAGAAAUGCAAACCAUCAAUCUUGUUCACUUCGAUACUUACAUGAAAUGGAUUUAAAAACUACCAUUCACUGCCUAGAAUUUCUGGAGUUUGCUACUUUUUUUUUCCAAGUUGGUAGCAAGAACACUUCUUGAACAUUUUAUAUUUUAGUAAAGCCAAGUAUGAAAUAGAAGUAUCACACAAGUAUAACAAUAUUAAAUCAAAUUUCAGUAGUUUUUGUGAAAUGUGCCUAAGAAAUUGUAUAUUUGUUUUAUGUAUUAUUUCCUAGAGGCAUAAUACUGUAAAGUGGUGCACUUUGUUAUCGAAAUUGAGCAUUACUAGAAACUAUCAUAACUUUUUAGUUGCUAUUAUUUGGAAUAAAUUUUUCAAAUACCAUCUUUAAGAUAUAUUUCCAUUUUAAUUCAUCUAAAGAGUGUAUCAAAAUAGAAAGUGGAAAAAGGUAUUUUCUGAAUGUUAAAAAAUGUUUAAUCUGAAUAUAUUUAAAUGUAAAUAUCAAAGAUUAAUCCAAAAAAUUGGAAAACUA